AUGUCUUGGAAACCUGAAGUACUGUAUGCAAUAAUGUUUGGAUUCUUUUGGACACUGAUUCCAUUGACUCUGGGACUUUUAUAUUGGCGUGCUUUAAUUCUUGUUGAAAACAAUGAAUUAGACAUGAGUAAUGCUGUUAUGAUUUCUGCAUUUGCAAUAUUUGCAUUACAAUCAUUAAAUGUUGUUGGAAUGUUAGCAAGUCGUAUUAGUGCAUCAUUACCUGCUGCUGACGCAUUUUUUGAUUUAUUUGAUCGAAUACCAACUAUUGAUAAUGGAUCUAAUAAAAGAAAAGAAUUAAAUAAUUUUCAUGGAGAAACAGAAUUUAAUCAAGUUAAAUUUAUUUAUCCAAGUCGUUCAACAGUUCUUGUUCUUAAUAAACUUCAAUCAUCGAUUAAAUCACGUCAACGUACCGCUCUUGUUGGUGCAUCUGGAUGUGGAAAAUCAUUAAUAGUUCAAUUAUUAGAACGAUUUUAUGAUAUUCUUGAUGAUAUUGAUAUUCGAAAAUUAAAUGUUCAAUGGCUUCUUUCUGGUUUGAGUGUUGUUAGUCAAGAAUCAAUUUUAUUUGAUUUAACAAUUGCUGAAAAUAUAUCAUAUGGAUUAGAAAAUAUAUCAAUUGAUGACAUUAUUCUUGCUGUAACUAUAGCUAAUAUUCAUCAAUUUAUUCAAUAA